AUGCACACCCACCAGCCAAUUCGGUGCCUUGGCAAAGGAAUAUUGGAGGAGCCUGACACGAAACCUGACACGAAACCUGACACGAAACCUGAUACGGAAUCUGCCGCGGAACCUGUUCAUGACCCAUCGACCACAACGGCUCCGCUUGCCGCGCACGUGAUUGAGGGCCUCCGAACUAAAGUCCAGAAGAAGUCGCAACGCCUGCAGACUUUUGGCUUUGAUCCCUAUUUCUCGGCCUACAUUGCCGUGACCAUGCUCAUGGGCCACCGGCUCAAGACAGACCUAGCAACGGCCUGGUACCCUCUUUGGGACAAUGUCAUGGUACCCUUCCUCGAGAGUACCCUGAACCGCGGCUUUGCAAGUCCGGACACAACCCCAACGUCCUUGGAAGAGGCUCGAGCCCACCUGCGCAAACAGUUUGGCUUUCACUUGGGCGUCGCCGCCCUGGCCCGAAUGUUGGACGCUUCGACGAGCAAUUUUACUCGACUCGAUGAAUUCGAUGAGUGGGUACAGGCGGUGGAUUGCAUGUUUCAGCACGAACCGCUUGAAUACACCAUGCUGACCAAGGUCCUGAUGCUGUGCAAGCUCCAGCGCCAGUGCAAUUGCAGUCGACUGGUGGAGCGCCUCGCCACUGCGGCACACCAGGCUACAUCUGGUUCGGCGUCGACUUUGGCUAAAGUCGUGGCAGAAGCUCUCGAUGGUUACGUCCCGACUCGUGAUAUUCUUUUCAGCGUGCCAAGCAACCGGACGGCGCCCAAGGGGCCGACGACUAGCUCGGCCUCCGGACCCAAGCCGGCUAGCAAGCGUGCCGCCAGCUCCCGCAGCCGUCCAGCUCUCCGUAUUCCAGCCAAGCUCCGCAAUUCUGAAGAGUUCACCCAGCUCGACAAAAGCGACAAGCAAGCUCGAUACAACUUUGCUCGAAAACAUCGUCUUUGCUACCACUGCUUCGCCGACGACCACCAGAGCAAGGCGUGCCCAAAAAACUAG